CUACUUACAUACCUCUUGCAAUUGUUUUGUGACUAUAUAAGCCUCAUCAUCGUGGCUCAUAUGGGAAUUACUAGUACUACAUAGACAAACACUGACAUUAGUACCAUGGCAAACAUGGCAAUCGCCUCAAAUAUUAUGAAAAGGCUUCAAGGAAAGGUUGCACUGAUAACUGGUGGUGCUAGCGGUAUUGGCGAGUCCACCGCUAGACUUUUUGUCAAACAUGGAGCGAAAGUAGUCAUUGCUGACAUUCAAGAUGAUUUGGCCAAGAAAGUAUGCCAAGAUUUGGAUCCUUCAUCAGCUUCACAUGUUCACUGUGAUACAACUCAAGAAUCUGAUAUAGAAAAUGCAGUGAACACUGCUGUUUCUAAGUAUGGGAAGCUAGACAUCAUGUUCAACAAUGCUGGUAUAGCGGGAUCAGGCACAUCCAACAUUCUUGACGAUAAAAAAUCUGAUUUUGAACGCGUAAUCAGCGUAAACCUUGUAGGUGUAUUUUUAGGCGCAAAACAUGCUGCAAGAGUGAUGAUUCCUAAUCGCUGUGGCAGUAUAAUAAAUACAGCAAGUGUAUGUUCUACCCUAGGCGGAGGUGCUCCUCAUGCUUACGUGAGUUCAAAGCAUGCUGUGGUAGGCCUAACAAGAAAUACUGCUAUUGAUCUCGGACGAUAUGGCAUUCGCGUGAACUGUCUGUCGCCCUACUAUGUUCCCACGCCUUUGGCGGCGGAUGUCAUCGAAAGAAUCUAUGGUGGAGUUUCUAAAGUAUAUACGUAUCUGGAUGGUGCAGUGCUGAAGGCAGAAGAUGUAGCUGAUGCAGCUCUUUACUUGGCAAGUGAUGACUCCAAAUAUGUCAGUGGGCACAACCUUGUGGUUGAUGGAGGCUACAGUAUUGUUAAUUCAGCUACCUGUAUGUUUGAGAACUCACAAAAAUGAGGAGUUUUCAAUAUUUUGCAGAAUGGAUGCAAAGAAAUGAUCUAAGAAUCCUUUAUCUAUGCAAAAGUCUGAAAUAUGUACUUCUGAAUUUCUCAUGUACCACUAAAGAAUUUCCAGUCACGAUAUUCGAUUAGUCAAAGAUGUAACUAGAUUGAGAAAAAAAUCUAUGCUCAGAAGCAAUAUGCUCUGUACUUUCACAAGUGAAGAAGAAGGAAAUUUCUAGUCUUAUUACAGAGAUACCCUCUCUGAUU